ACCCGCCCUGGACGAACCGUCGCCGCCGCCAGCCCCGGGAGCCGCCGCCCGGCGCCGCCAUGGUCUCCUGGAUCAUCUCCCGCCUGGUGGUGCUGAUCUUCGGCACCCUCUAUCCCGCGUACUCCUCUUACAAGGCCGUGAAGACGAAAAACGUGAAGGAAUAUGUGAAGUGGAUGAUGUACUGGAUUGUGUUUGCCUUUUUCACCACUGCAGAAACACUCACAGACAUUGUUCUUUCUUGGUUUCCCUUUUAUUUCGAGCUGAAAAUUGCAUUUGUGAUUUGGCUGCUCUCCCCUUACACCAAGGGCUCCAGUGUUCUCUACAGGAAGUUUGUGCACCCAACGCUCUCCAAUAAGGAGAAGGAAAUUGAUGAAUACAUUACUCAGGCUCGUGACAAGAGCUAUGAAACCAUGAUGCGAGUUGGCAAGAGAGGGUUAAACCUUGCUGCCAAUGCAGCAGUUACCGCAGCUGCAAAGGGCCAGGGAGUUUUGUCUGAGAAGCUGCGAAGUUUCAGCAUGCAGGAUCUCACUCUGAUUCGGGAUGAAGAUACUGUGCAUAUGCGAAGCCAUGAGCCGCAACUGCACCCCUCUGGUGGGAGUCUUCUUGAAACCAUUGAGGAUUCAGCUUCAUGUUACUCCUCAGGAGAGGAGAGCAGUGUGGCACAGAGGUCUAAUGGAACCCCAUCGGAAACUAGAAUAGACCCAUCAGAUGAAGAUGCAGGAGACAAACUUCCUAAACGUACACAGAGUCUCAAAACUCCUAAAAAGAUGAUGAAAACUGAGCUUCCAGUGAGAAGUGUGAAGGCCCGCCCUAAGAAGAAAGCUGCAGGCUCUCUUGCUUCUGGCGAGUCAUCCUAAGGAGACCUCCCCCUCCCCAGCAACUGUCUCUGUCCCGGGAUUUGCCUGUCGCUUUUGAGGGGAAACUCCCUGAAGGAAGGGAGCUGAGAUUCAUGUACAUAACAGAUACUGCUUUGUAGAGCUCAUUCCAAGGCAAGGGGGAGGCUGGGAUUCAGAAAGUGGAGUAGAGGAUGCACCUCCUCAGGAAUUUUCUCCUUUUCGUCUCUGUUGGAGGGAAUGCUGAUAUGUCUGUACAUAGCCUGUUGCUUUGGAAUUCCCACUCUAUAACCCAAGUUGAAGAGAAUCUUUGCUGGAAGAACUGACUAGGGUUAGAGACAUCCAUUGCACAGAAGCUGGAAAAACAUUAGACACUGGAGUUCCACAGGGGUGGGUGGCUCCCUAAAAUGUCUUAUCUUGCUCUGGGUAUUCUUCUGCAGCUGUGAGUUGUUCAGAAGUGCCCACCAUGAUUCAUCCUCCUUAAGGAAGGACCGUACCUGUCACGUCUAUCCCUUUUGAGAAGGUGAUUGAAAUGAUAUAAGCUGACUGCAUUUGAACGUAAAAAACUAGCUCAUGGGAGGAGUAUACUAAUUCCCGUUACUAGUACUGGAAGAUGAAGAGAUUGGUUUUUAUUUUAUUUUUUUCAGGAAGGUGAAGGGAGGUAAUUGAAAAACUGAGUACUGAAGAAAAUGUGCUGUUAUAUGCACAGGUGAUGAAGUAGCUGCAGGCAUUUUUAAGAGGUAACUAUUGAGAAAGAAAGUUGGGCAUCCAUAAGAUUUUUCGGCACUUCUCGAAGCUGCUUGAAUUUUUUUUCAGGUUCUGCUAUUCACUUUGAUUCCUGUGAGAGCAUCAGAGUGAUGCGAGUCCCAUGCAGUGGGAAUAGCUGGCAGGGAGACUGUUGCUUUGCCAUUUAGCGGUUGAACUCCAUGUCAUCCUGAUGCUUGUUACUACAGACAAAUUCUUUCAUUUUAGCAGAUGACUGGGGAAAAUCUGGCUCAAUAUAGUCUGUAGGAAUACUUGAGAAUUUCAGAAGCCCUUGUCUCUCAGCUUUAGGAGAUCCAAUCCUCAGGGCAUGAGAACUGAUAAAUAGCUGAUUUGGAAUUUCACUAAUUCCAAGAUUCCAUUUAUGGGGAAUAAAAAGCAGAGAGUGAGGCACAAUACUGUGAUUAAUGAGUCCUCUUGCUUUAUCCUGCUGCAGCCCUUGCACAAAUUUUCUGUCUGACCAUGUGCCAUGUUUAUCAGUGUCCUGAAACUUGAGCAAUAUGUAACACUUGGGACAGAACUACAUUUGCAUCAUGCCAAGCCAUACUGGAUUCUAAUCUGUUGAACAUUGUUAAUGGGAGGUCCCCUAUACACUUGACAACAGAGUCAAUGGGAAUUUAUGAGAUGAGUAGGGUGCCUGUCCCUGUAAUGGGGGGAGCACUUAUAGAUCACCAACUAGUUAUCAAAGGAACCUGGCUCCUCCAUCCCUGCUGGAGACCAUUCUUAGCUCUAGAUGCAGGCAUUUGUGUUUGACCACGUCUUUUGCUGUCACAUUUCUGAAAUUACAGUGGAUUCUUCACAGAGCCAAAUAUUUUGCUGUUGACAAUGUAUAGAAGCACUUCUGCAAGUGACACCUCACAAGUAUUUCUGUCCUAAAGAACAGCCCUUCAAAAGUUUGCAAAGUUGAAGUUUAGGACUGAACUUUUUCUUAUUUCCCGCUGUCUUGGUGGCAAAUUGUUAUGAAUUGACUAGUUAUUUUAGGAAACCAAUUAAGUUGGUUUUACUUCUGCUUGUAGCUUUAAAAUUGAAAUCUUGACAGACCAUAUCAGAAACUCACAUCUUGCCAGAAAUACUUACCCUAAAUUAUUGACAAGGCCUUAUCCAGGAGCCUGCAGAAAAUCCUUGAUUUGGCUUUGAGUUUCACAGAAAAAAACCCCAGUCUUUUGUUCUUUUUAGUUUGUCAGCAAAUAUUGUAUAGGUGUCUCACUAGUACAUGCAAAGACAUGUCGUGAAGCAAGGAUUCUUUCUAUGUCCAAAGGAAAUUCUUUCCAUGGGGGAUAAAAAUCUGUACUGGUUAUGUGGAAGGCUCAGUUGUGAGGAAUUGCUGUCCUAGAUUUUACUGUACUGAACAAGACAGAACCAUUAUUCUCUAUAUGGCAGGUAUUUCUAUGACCACAUUUCUGGAUUUUUUUUUUUUUUGUAACAAAAAAUUUCCAUAGCAAAUUAUUUAUGUAAGCCAUGUGGGGGACUUGGUUUGGAAGCAAAGGAUUGAUUAGUCUCCCGUUAUGCUCAUUGUCAUGCCCUUUCCUUGUACAUGCAUUGUGAUAGUCUUGAAUUACUCAGUUUUUAUGCAAUGACUUUCCAGAAUGUUUUCUAGAAUCAGUUCAUUUAUAGUAACUCUUCCUGCUUUGAAGCAGACUCAGUUUGAAGAAGACUCAGUUUGGGCAUUUGGAUUCACCUUUGUCUUCCUGAGCUGGCUCCUGUGCCAAGUAUCUUUUACUUAGCAUUGAUACUUGAUGUCAUUUGUCUGUGGGUAAGUACAGGUCAGUUUGACUUUUGUUGUACGGGGAAUUAAGUGACUACUGGUUGUAAGAGUCUGUAGUAGAGUCAGGGACUAUUACUGAGUGUAUGAUAUGAAGCUGGUGAUGUAAAGCAGAAGAACUUAUCCAGAGCAAGAACGAUGUCUUAGCAUGGACACUAUUUUCUUCUUCCAUUACAAAUGUAACUGCUAGAUUGUGCUCUGCUUGAUCAAAGCCUCUGCAGACCUGCAAUCACCCACGUGACCUCUUAGUGAGUUUCUAGAUGUAGUUCUGCAUUGGAUGGCAUGGUCUUGCAUAGAAAUUCUCUUGUUAAUGAGAACGCUGAAUGUGCUGUUUUGAUAAAAUGCUUUUAUCAGCUGUUGUUCAGUGUUUUCAGCAGGAAAUGCUGAAAUGUAGUUUCUCUUCAGUAUCAUCUGUGAACUUCAUUGUGCAAUUAAGCAAAUGGUUAAAUCUUCACCAAGCAGUAGAACCCAUUGUGUUCAAUGUUUAUACCCCUUUCCUAAUAUGCUUGAGCACAGAGAGAAACACAGUGAGAGGAAAUGAUACUUGAAGUUGAAGGGCUAGGGGAGGUGGUGCAUGUGUGUCAUUUGUGUGCCUAAAAUUAUCCUAAAAUACCUGUACCGUGAGAUACAAAGUGAAGCCAUGACUGCCUUUUGGAAAGAAAUAUUGUACCUCCAUGCUUUAUAGUACUGGGAAUCACUAUUCUGCUGUUGGAAAAGAAAACAGUGAAAUGUGAUUUCCCUUCUGAAAAAUUUAAUGAUUUGCUGCAUAAAAGAGAAAAAUGUUUUCUUGCUUGGCAGUAUCUUCCAUGGUGGGUAAGAAAUUGGAAAAUAUAGGGGAGACUACUGUCUGGUUUUAAACCCUACACUUCAACUAAACAUCUUAAUUUCUUACUGUUGUUUAUCAAGUUCCUGAUUCUCCAGCCUUAUGUUUCUGAGUCUGGGGGACUGAUUUCUUUUAGACUAGAUAAACUUCCUUGGCAUGUAGAGGGUAUAUUGGAGAGAGGGAUGCUGGUGUUCUUAAAAUUGCAAAGCUUGUUCUGGGGAAGCCACAUCUUCCCCUAUUUUAGUGAACUGAGUUCCAUUCAUUGUCCUUUUGCGGUGCUUUUAUAUACAUCCUUCUCGGAACUGUGAGUCACUCAAAUAUAUGGCCAAGCCAUUUCUGCCUUGAAAAGCAAGAUUUCUAGAGAAACCCAACUUUCCAGAAAUUUUUAUUCUUUACCAUCUUAAUCAGCAGGAAAUAUAGUGCCUUAGGAGGAAAGUGGGAUAACUGUGGAAUACUCUGCUGGUUCUCUGAUCUGCACAUAGCAUUGUAUCAAGGAGACACUGAUGUCAGCUGUGAAGUGUCAUUGUAUGCUUAAGAGCAGCUGCUGAAUUGAGCUGUUUUACUGUCUGUCUUCUGAACAUGCACAUAAUGCUGGAAAGUGUGGCUUAGUGCCUAAGAGAGAAAUCUAGGAAAAAAAAUACUCUUCUUUCUGCUAUAGAUGCUGUAUCGUCACAUUACUCUGGUACUUAGUGGGAAGAUGCUGAAUCUCAUCUCUCAGUGUAACUGUUCGGUACUGUAGCUUUUCUUCCUUUACCCACUAAGAGUUUGUAAUGUGCCACCUGGCUGAAGCAUCUUGUGGUGCUGCUUCCUGAGUUGUUCCGUAAAGUCAGAUAUGUGGAAAACCAGCAAAGUAUUCUGAAGCUAUGUGAGCUCAUAGAGUCGUUGGAGCUGGAAGGCGCCUCUGAAGAUCACCUGGUUCAGCCUCCCUGCUCAGGCAGGGCCAGCCUAGAGCUGGAUGCCCAGGGGUUCCUGUGUGCUAUUUGUGCUCUGGAGCCUACUGAAUUUAGUGUUUAAGAGCUGGUAUAUGUAGAAAUGAAUAUACUGUAUGGUGAUGUGCUUUAGUGUUACUAAGGGGAAAGGAUUCCUGGUCACCUUUCAUCUGGACUUUGGCACUACAAGACACUGUAAACAUAGCUCAGUCUUCAGUUAUUUCUAGGUAUUGUUAAGAGACUUAGAGGCUUCGGGAGAGGUCUUGAAAGGUGUACAGAAUAACUUGUGAGAACAAUUGGUGUGAGCAGUAAAUGAAGACAAUAAAGCUGCACAGCAGCUAAGAGCCCAUCUGGUGAGAUAGAAUGAGAUUUGAAAAUGGGCUGCGUACCGGACAGAGUUGCCCAGGAAAUUCUACUGACUUUCUGAUCCUCAAGCAAUACUUAAAUUCUGCGCUCUACAGGUUACAGCCUGAUUUUUUCAUGCAGCACUUCUUGUUCUGUGUCUUACCUUCCUAAGCUGGGCUUGAGCUAUGUGCAUUUUGAUUCUUUAACCUUUCGUGACUUCAGAACAGUAAAGUUUAAAUUUUACCUCAGCAGACAGCUGAUCUGCAGGGAGGACCAGAUGAGUAUGAAGGACGUCACAUUGCUUUGUAGUAGAUGUGUUAUCCUGGGAGGCAUCAGCAGGGAGCUCUGGAGGAUACAUUAAUCUGGGAAAUUAACCCUGAUCCCUUCCCGUCCCCCACCUUGGCCCCAACCCCGACAAAGCUGGUUUUGGAUGAACGAAGUGCUGGACUUUGCUACCCUCAUGUACACAUCUGUAAAUUCCCAAAAUUUAAUGUCAGAAUUGCCAGUGUUCUGUUUCUGAUGAGAACUGGAAUCAAAAUACUAUGAAGUUAAAAGAAACAGUGGCAAACUGGCAGGUUUUUUCCACAAUUUUGCAGAUAAGUUUAGGUCUUUGCUGCUGCUUUGUCUAAAACCUUUCCAUAAACCCCUUGCAAGCAAACCAUUACUUCCUUGCUCUGUUUCUCGGCUCCUAUUCUUUCAUGACCUGAUUGUGUUUCUUGUGUUUUUUCUAAUUAAGCAAGAGACUACUUCCACUUUGCUGAUUGUGGAGACAUGAAAAAUACUGUCUUUUAGAGCUGAAAUUUAGCCUUUUUCCAUUAUUUAAUCGUAUGACCUAGAAUCAUACAGUGACUUGUAUGACAAAGCCUAAGGCUGGAUUCACAGGGGGAGCGUGAGCAUUUAUGGCCAAUAGCAUCGUUUGAUGUAUUCCCCUUUUCUUGCAGUUGGUUCUGGCUGAAAUAUGUCUCCUGCUGACCCUUUGAAUAAGAGCAUUCUGUCUGCAUUUAGCCAAACAAUGUUAGAAGUAACAUUUGUGGAAAGGCUGCAAAAGUGAGUGAACCCUAAAGGAGCAAGAAUUCAAGUCUUCUGUAACUGUCUGAGACGAUCUAAAAGAUCUGUGCUUUGCUGUAUUAACUUAUCAGAGAUGGGGAAAUCAGUCAUGUUCUUUGCAGUGGGUCAGGGAGCAGGGUCAGGCUGGAUGGCAAGCAUAGAAAGUUUUUACAUACAAGGGAACUAAGUUUUUAUCAUAAGUAAUGCUUAGUAACUUGCCAAAAAGAAAGCAAUUUGAAAAUUGUUGGUGACUUUAUAAAAAUUAUAAAUUAUCCUGAUCGGCAAACAUAGUGUUAAAUAUAAACCUCUUGUACUCAUGCUGCUGUCUUUUUGGGAGAGCACUGAGUUGACGGACUCCUCACUUUUGACUCCUCUUUUAGAUUAUUUCUCAAAUAUUUUGAAUGCCUCAUGGAGAUAAAUGAAAUUUUUAUUUUGACAUAUGACCGUGAAUUCAUGUCUAAAUUCAGGAACUCUGAGCUAUGUGUGAGACAGUGUUGGUCGAAUGAAAGCCCAAUAGGAAAAUGGAGAAGCUGAGACAGAUCUGGCCAGGUGAAGAUGACUGGAGGACCUUCCUUGAAGUGCAGAAAUUGGAGACUAUGCAGUAAUGCUCGGUUUUGAUUCAGUGUUUUCGUGACAGAGUUCCUGUUGGCAAUGUGUUGAUCUAAAAGCAGUAAGGCGCAGGAAGGGUUGUGAAUUGCUUUUUGUCCACUAGAGGGUAUAAGCAUAACAUACAGUCACUGAAAAUGAGCAGAGACCUGUCUGAUAACCAUUGAAUUAUGGACUGGUUGAAUGGCAGUAUUUGCUAUGUAUGAGAGUCCUGCUUAGAAAGUGGGGGGACACAAACUGGGGCUCUAAUGGAGAAGUAUUAAGUGAUACUGCGGUUAACCCCUGACUAAAAAGGCUAUGUAAGCUUGCUGGGCUUUCUAAUUGAGCCACUUUCCAAUGAGGCUUGCUGAGACGAUAGUGUUAAGAGAAUAACUGUCCUCAAAUCUUUUUGUUUUCCAUUCAAAUCACUUUCUAGCUGCAGGAAGGAGCAAUGGCAGUGUUUGUGAUUUAUUACUGCCCGCCUUUGCAAUUAACCACUUUCUGUGUGUUUAUGUAGUUCAAUAGUGUUGCCCUAAUUUAUACUAUGGAUUUUGUAGUAUUUCCUGGUAAGAAUGAGUAGUUUAUUUCUACUGGAUCUGUAUUCUAUGAAAAUAGAAGCAAUUCUAAUCUAAAAAUACAGAUGUAUCUAAUGGUUACUAUGGUAGUUUGUGCCCAUGGCAACAGAGAGUUACCAUUCUGAAGAACAGACAGGUUGUUUCCUUUUUUGUCCUGUUUUUUGGGGGUUGGUUGUGUUUUUUUUGUCAACAACCUAAUUAACAGUGCAAGCAUUUCAGGAAAAAAACACCAACUUUUAUUUCUUAUCCAUACAAGAUUAUAUGGGUACAAGGGAUUAUGAAAUUGUCUCAUGGAAGACUUUUAUAGAAAAGCUGAUGAAGUACAGGCUGGAUGAGCAGCCACUGAGGUGGGUAAAAAUCUGGCUGCACGGCCAGGCCCAGAGCAUGGUGAUUAGUCCUAGGAAGGCUAAUUGGAGGCCAGCAGCUGGCAGCAUUUCCCCGGGCUCAGUGUGGGAUCUGGCACUGAUCAACAUCUUCAUUAAUGAUUGGAUGAAGGGACAGAGCAUACCCUCAGCAGUUUGCUGGUAGCAGAGCUGGGAGGAGCGGCUGAUGUGCCAGAAGGUUGUGCAGGAAGCAGCAAGAGGUUUAUCAAGUGUCUGAUCUUAUAUCUCAAAAUAUAUGGAAAUCCUAAUAGGAACAUAAUGAGACAGUCUGAGAUUCUUUCUGCUGUUGAGAGAGAGGUCUUUUAUCUGCAGCAUCAUGGAUGGAGACUUACAGACUGAAGAAAGGUCCAGGAGGUUACUGUAGGAAAGAGAAACAGAAUUUAGAAUAGGGCUGGGGAUUCUUCAUUGUCAGACUUUGGAAAAAAACAAAACCAAACCAACAGAAAAUCGGCGGUAUGUUUCUGUUCUAUUUGUCCAUCAUAUGAUCAGAGUUAAAUAAAUAAUGUGCUUUCAGGAAGGUGCUAAAUUUCAGCUACAGUUUGGGGAUUGCCCUAAUGUGGUUGAUUAGUAAUGAUUUAAAGAAUUAUAUUUAUAAGAAAUUAAGAUAUUAUUAAGGGAGAUAGGAAUGGGGUCUCAUGAAUAAGCCUCGUAUUUAAAGAAUGGCUGUCUCUGCCAGCAUAGAGCUUAUGUAAAGGCUCUCUACUAGCAACACUCAGUGUCAGUUUUGUAAGGAAACAUGCUGAAUAUAAGUUUAGCCAAAGCCAAAUCACAGAAUUUUCCAAGCUUUCUCUUUUUCCUAGGCCCUCUUGGGGAAUCUAGCAACUGAAUGGAAAUUACAGCAUUGCUGCUAUCACUUGCUAAUUUGGGGCAAUUAAUAUCUUUAAUUAAAUAGAAUCUAAACUGCAUUUAAAAGCCAAUUUUUGUAAAAGCCAGGUGUUGUGACCAUUUUGUAUUUGCCAUAGGAAUACAGUAACUGAGCAGUGGAGCCACAGUGGUGCUCAAUAUUACCUCAGAAGAGGGAAAAUGGAGAAAAGAACAGCCCAAACUGAAUGGGUUCAGGUAGCCCAGUCUCCUGUCUGUGAUACUGCUCAGUCUAUUUGAUGACCAACGGGCAGCCUGGAAUUAACACAGACAUUGGAAAAGCCUUUUCCUGACACUGUCGCCUUUUUACUCAUGCUCUGAAGCAUGGUGGUGUUAAAUGAGUGGGUUACUGGAGUUUUUUUUGCGUGGAGGGAGUUGUUUGAAUUCUUUAAUUAUAUUUUUAGUGAAGUCAUUAAAAGUCUGGUCACUUGCUGCAGACUUAAAUACAGAAAUCCUACAAAUCCUAGAUUUCUCUAUUUAAGCAUCCUAGUCUUGUGUUGUGCUUGCUUUGUUAGAUUAGACUCUUUCUAGGUAUAUUUUUCCAUUCUGUUUUGUGAAGACCAUUUAAAAAAAACGGUGUUAUUUCUUCUAUAUCUUGCUCUUUUGCUCUCACGUGUUUUCCCCUAUUUGAAAGUACCAGUUGUUUUUCUUCCAUUUCUCGCCAGAGUAUGAUACAAAUCGGUGCAGAUGUGCUUUCAUUCCACAGGGUGGCAGCUAAUCCUUAUUUCCUUUCUCAGUUAUUUUGACAUUUCUGCUAGAAGGAGCUUUUCUGGCCAAGUUCCCCUCUGAGGCAUAAGGGUCAUGAACCUGUAAAUACAACCUUUCUGUUGGGAGUUAAAGAGUAUUUGGAAAAGCUUAUUAUAUUGUGGCUGUUGAGGCUGUAUCAACUUGCUGAAGAUUGUAGUAGCUGACAAGGCAAAAAAAAAAAAGCAUCAUCCAAGGACUAAAAUUUGAAUAUUAUGUAUUGCUACUGUUUUAUGUGGUUCUCUCUUGUAAGUGGUGCUCCAAGCAUAACUGAACACAAGUAAAUGGUGGCACCUCUAGACAAAAGUUGCUUUGAUAGAGGCUUACUUAUUGAUGUGGGUAGGGGAGAGGUUCUAGAAGUUAUUUAUUCACUUUUCACUUCCAGCUUAUUUUGACAGAUAAAUGUCUCAGAUAAUUUGAAUUGAAAUCUCUGUGUGUCAUUACAAUAGGUUUAUAGGUUUAUGAGUUCCGGGUAUGGCUUUUUGUUUUUUGCUAUUGAUUUUACAUAGUUUCCUCCCAUCCCAUGUCCCAAUUUCUUAUUAUUGAUGCCUGUGAAUAUUUUUCUUUACAAGGCUGCUGUUUUGUUAUCUUCUCAAACUGUACCCCUGAAUUGUUUUAACUUUUCUCCAUGUCUUUCUUAUGUAUUUAGUCUUCUACCUUUUGCUCCUCUCCGUUGUUGAAUAAAGAUAUGAAAAUUAA